CAGAGAGCUCUGUCCUCAAAGAAUCUCUUCCUUCAGAUGACACCACAUCAGUUUCACCCACAUAACAAGCUGAGGAGCCUCUCUAUCGCUUAGCUUCAGGAAACAGCUUCCUCAGUGUAAACUGCCUGAGAGCGGUGACAGCUAGUCAAUUUCAAAAGAAGGCAGUGGAGAUUUGCUUGCUGAGUUUGGGAAGGAAUUCCGAAAUGCUGAAAGUUGCAGAUGAUAUUAUGGACCAGGAGGACGCCACUUCUCAAAGUGGAGAAAUGACAAACUGGGAUAUCAAUGACAUCAAACUACCUCAGGAGGUGAAACAAACAGAUUGGUUUCAAGAAUGGCCAGAUUCCUAUGUAAAGCAUAUCUACAGCUCAGAUGAUAAAAAUGCUCAGAGGCAUCUGAGUAGCUGGGCGAUGAGAAACACCAAUAACCACAACUCUCGCAUCUUAAAAAAGUCCUGCCUUGGGGUAGUGGUCUGCAGCAAUGACUGCUCGGCCACAGAUGGGAGGAAGAUAUAUCUGAGACCGGCCAUAUGUGAUAAAGCCAGACAAAAACAGCAAAGGAAAUGCUGUCCAAACUGCAGUGGACCUUUAAAGCUUAUUUCCUGUCGAGGCCAUGGUGGGUACCCUGUCACCAACUUCUGGAGGCAUGAAGGGCCAUUCAUAUUUUUUCAGUCUAAGGGGGCCCAUGAUCACCCAAGACCAGAAACCAAACUAGAAGCAGAAGCAAGAAGAUCAAUACAGAAAGCACAUACAGCUGUUGCUCCCAUUUCUGCAAGGCUAAAAAGAUGCCGGGAGGCUGAGUCCCUGACAGGUAAGAUGCAAAGUCAAGGAGCUUUGCCUUUACUUCUUUCUAAUCAGGAAAAUUACCUAUCAUCCUGCAGUUUUAAUGGACAUUUAAUAGACAAACACCCUCAAGAGCAAGUAAUAAAUAACUGUUUGUCUCUUGCCAAAAGCUAUGGUUUUGGAAGAACCCCUUACCUAACAGAACACUCUCAGGACAUAGGAUCUAACAAAUACUAUGAGAAGUGCAAAGAAAUUGGCAUGAGGGAAUAUGUUAGUGGAGACCUGUCUGGAACUUCUUUGAGCAAUAUGCAUACUGACUAUGGAGAGUCACAAGCCCAGAAUAAGAACACUACCCUUGAAAGGAAUCCACGUACUGAGAAGUGUUGCAAUGGUUCUGCCUUAUCUUUGGCUGAUCUGCAUUGUGAAAUUGCUCCUUCACAAAACUGUACGGAUUCCAGUAUCGAUCAUGUUCCCAAUAUGCCACCUACAACAAAGGCCGGUUACCAUCCUUCCAGGUCUAACACAGGCUUGUCUGGAGAUGAUUUUUAUGAAGGGAAACUGCAUGUGAAUUACAACAACAGCUACAUCCCUUCUUCUUUGAACCCGCUCACUCCGGAGGAUCCCUACCUCAUUAUGAACUCUGCACAUCACCAUCAACAGCCUUUGCUACACACUAAAGGAAAUGAAUGGGACUUUGAAGAAGAAAGAAAAUACACCAAUCUGGAUUACUGCAACAAUGAAAUGUUUUUUAGUCUCUACCCUUUGUGGUGAUCAGGUGUAUAAUGUCCCCUCUUUCUUGCACUUGUAAAAGUGAGCCUGAUUCUCUGCUCUGUGUAGCGUGGAUGUAAGAUGCUGCCUUUCUGACUGGGCAGCCCUUUACCCCCUCACUCGACACAAGCAUAAAAGACUGCACAAAGGUUGAUAAGCAAGCUCAGAGAGUAGAGCCACCCUGCACCUUCCUCAGGCCUCUCAUUGCUCUAGUACAGCAGGGCAGGGGAGCCAUAAUCCAUCCCAGUUUAUUCCUACCAUCAUUCUCUGGAGUGUCUCUACUCCCUGUUUGGGGAUAUAUCUAUUCAUAACGCCCCACUGAUGUCUUCUGUCACCCUAUUGAAUUGUUCUUAACAUUAGCCACUUUUCUUUUGCAAAACUUACCCUACUCUCAUGUAAGGUGGCAACAGACCUUGAAUACAAAUGUCCCUUAUUCCACCCCAUCUGUAUAUUAUGCAAAUCACCCAUGAAAAAUCAAGUCAAGCAUAUAGGUGCCUAACUAUGGAAUUUCCUGCUGACAUACCUUUUGACAAUUUUGGCAGACUUCUUUACAUUUCUCUUGGACCGUGUAUUUUUUCCACAAGUAUGUGAUCUCUGUUGCUCUUUUGGAUUCUAUUUCAUUAUUCUCCAUUCCACAGUAAUUUGUACUGUAUUUCAAAGCUCUGAACUAAGUUGGAACUUAGCAGUGAUCACUAGAAGAGACUGCUUUGGACCCAAAAACCCCGAGGAAGUUCAGAUCUAGAUCCACAUUUCAUAGAUGGUUCUUAUUAAUAUAAUGGGCUGAAUGAACCAAAACCCUGGAUCCAAACAUCCUUAAGCUUUGUGAUCCAGAUCCAAACUUUGUGAUGGAGUCCAUCUCUAUUCUCUAGUCUUACAAGCAAUGUCCAGAUUAUAUGUUAUGAUGUAAGAUGCUAUAAAGUUUUUAUUGAUACUAACCUGGAUCAAGAGUAUUACAAAA